CAGAGAGACACGCACUCUCCGCCGGUAGUCCACGGGAACCCACGGCGCGUGCCGCUCUGUGACGAAGACAGCCAUGGCCGAUGGAGGAGAGGGCGAGGAUGAGAUCCAGUUCCUGCGGACUGAUGAUGAGGUGGCCCUACAGUGCUCAGCCACAAUCCACAAGGAGCAACAGAAACUCUGUCUGGCAGCUGAAGGCUUCGGAAACAGACUCUGCUUCCUGGAAUCCAUCUCUAACUCAAAGAAUGUGCCUCCAGAUCUUUCCAUCUGCACGUUUGUGCUGGAGCAGUCGCUUUCAGUUCGAGCCCUUCAGGAGAUGCUGACCAACACAGAGGAGAAUGCUGAUGGGACAGGUCAGAGUGGUGGGCAUCGCACCCUCCUGUAUGGACACGCUGUUUUACUACGACACUCCUACAGUGGGAUGUACCUGUCCUGCCUGUCCACCUCUCGUUCGUCCACAGAUAAAUUGGCUUUUGAUGUGGGACUGCAGGAAGAUACCGCAGGUGAGGCAUGCUGGUGGACCAUCCACCCGGCUUCAAAGCAGCGUUCAGAGGGAGAGAAGGUUAGAGUGGGAGAUGACCUCAUCCUGGUCAGCGUGUCCUCUGAAAGAUACCUGCAUCUGUCCUAUGGCAACGGAAGUCUCCAUGUAGACGCAGCCUUCCAGCAGACGCUGUGGAGCGUAUCCCCCAUCUGUUCUGGCAGUGAAGUAGCACAAGGUUUUUUGAUAGGUGGGGAUGUCCUCCGCCUCCUUCAUGGUCAUAUGGAUGAGUGCCUAACUGUUCCAUCUGGGGAACAUGGGGAUGAGCAGAGGAGGACAGCGCACUACGAGGGAGGAGCGGUUUCCAGUCAUGCGAGGUCCCUGUGGAGACUGGAAACACUGCGUGUCAUGUGGAGUGGAAGUCACAUCCGCUGGGGUCAGCCAUUCAGACUCCGUCAUGUGACCACGGGGAAAUAUCUGAGUCUGACUGAAGAUAAGUCUCUGCUGCUGAUGGACAAAGAGAAGGCGGAUGUCAAAUCCACAGCCUUCUGCCUCAGGUCCUCCAAGGAAAAGUUGGAUCCUGGUGUCAAGAAGGAAGUUGAUGGAAUGGGAGCACCUGACAUUAAAUAUGGCGACUCUGUGUGUUAUAUCCAACACAUUGAUACCUGCCUGUGGCUUACUUACCAGAGUAUUGAUGCAAAGUGUGCACGUAUGGGUGGAGUCCAGAGGAAGGCCAUCAUGCACCAGGAGGGUCACAUGGAUGAUGGACUCACACUGUCUCGAUCACAGCACGAGGAGAGCCGCACUGCCCGGGUCAUCCGCAGUACCGUCUUCCUGUUCAACCUUUUCAUCAGGGGUCUGGACACGUUGAGGAAAAAGGGGAAAAGUCUGACUUUGAAUCUUCCAAUCGAUUCAGUCAGUCUGAGUUUGCAGGAUCUGAUUGGCUACUUCCAGCCACCUGGUGAUCACCUGGAGCAUGAAGACAAGCAGAACCGACUGCGAGCUCUGAAGAACAGACAGAACCUCUUCCAGGAAGAGGGGAUGAUCAGCCUGGUUCUGGAGUGUAUUGAUCGUCUUCAUGUGUACAGCAGUGCGGCUCAUUUUGCUGAGGUGGUUGGAAGAGAAGCUGCAGAGGCCUGGAGCUCCAUCCUCAACUCCCUGUAUCAGCUACUUGCUGCUCUCAUCAGAGGAAACAGGAAGAACUGUGCCCAGUUUUCUGGUUCGUUGGACUGGUUGAUCAGCAGACUGGAGCAGCUGGAAGCCUCCUCAGGUAUCUUAGAGGUGCUUCACUGUGUGCUGGUGGAAAGUCCUGAAGCAUUAAACAUAAUCAAAGAGGGACACAUCAAGUCCAUCAUCUCUCUCCUUGACAAACAUGGACGGAACCACAAGGUUCUGGAUGUGUUGUGUUCGCUCUGUGUGUGUCAUGGCGUGGCCGUGCGCUCCAACCAGCACCUGAUCUGUGACAAUCUGCUACCAGGAAGAGAUCUGCUCCUGCAGACUCGCCUCAUAAACCAUGUCAGCAGCAUGCGCCCCAACAUCUUCCUGGGUGUCAGCGAUGGCUCGGCCCAGUACAGGAAGUGGUACUAUGAACUUAUUGUAGACCAGGUUUUACCAUUUGUCACAGCAGAGCCCACCCACCUCAGGGUGGGCUGGGCCAACACCAGUGGCUAUGCACCCUAUCCCAGUGGAGGAGAAGGCUGGGGAGGCAAUGGUGUAGGGGAUGACCUCUACUCCUAUGGCUUUGAUGGGCUUCAUCUUUGGUCAGGCUGCAUUGCACGGACUGUUAGCUCUCCCAAUCAGCAUCUGCUGCGAUCAGAGGAUGUGGUGAGCUGCUGCCUGGAUCUCAGCGUUCCCAGUAUCUCCUUCAGGAUCAAUGGCCAGCCGGUUCAGGGCAUGUUUGAGAACUUCAACUCUGACGGACUUUUUUUCCCUGUGGCCAGCUUCUCUGCAGGAGUCAAGGUACGCUUCCUCCUCGGUGGUCGCCAUGGGGAGUUUAAAUUCCUCCCUCCUACCGGCUAUGCUCCUUGCUAUGAGGCAGUGUUGCCCAGGGAGAAGCUGAAGCUGGAGGCUAGUCAGGACGAGACGGCAGCCAGAGACCUGCUGGGCCCUACUGCCACCUUGAGCCAGGCAGCGUUCACCCCCACACCUGUGGACACCAGCCAGAUUGUUCUGCCACCACACUUAGAGAGAAUCAGGGAGAAACUGGCAGAAAACAUCCACGAACUUUGGGUGAUGAACAAGAUCGAACUGGGCUGGACAUACGGAGCCGUGCGUGAUGACAACAAGCGGCAACAUCCCUGCUUGGUGGAGUUUUCCAAGCUUCCUGAACAGGAAAGAAGCUACAACUUACAGAUGUCUCUGGAGACACUCAAGACUCUGCUUGCCUUGGGUUGCCAUGUUGGACUCGCAGAUGAACACGCUGUGGAGAAAGUGAAGAGCAUGAGACUAUCCCCAACAUAUCAGCUAUCCAGUGGCUACAAGCCUGCUCCUCUGGAUCUGAGUCACAUCAAACUCACCCCCACCCAGGAGGCCAUGGUGGACAAACUGGCUGAGAAUGCACACAAUGUCUGGGCCAGGGACCGCAUCCGGCAGGGCUGGACGUACGGCAUCCAGCAGGAUGUGAAGAGCCGUAGGAAUCCUCGUCUCGUCCCCUACACCCUACUGGAUGAAAGAACCAAGAAGUCCAACAAAGACAGUCUGAGAGAGGCUGUCAGAACCCUGCUGGGAUAUGGAUACAACCUGGAAGCUCCUGAUCAGGACCAUGCAGCUCAAUCUGAUCUUAGCAAUAUGUCCGCUGAGCGGUUCCGCAUCUUCAGAGCAGAGAAAACCUACAGUGUUAAAGCUGGAAAGUGGUACUUUGAGCUGGAGGUGUUAACUGCUGGGGAGAUGAGGGUGGGCUGGGCCAGACCAGGAUGCCUGCCAGACCAGGAGCUGGGAUCUGAUGACCAGGCCUUCGUCUUUGAUGGCUUCAAGGUGCAGCGCUGGCAUCAGGGCAACGAGCACUUUGGGCGCGCGUGGCAGACGGGGGAUGUGGUGGGGUGCAUGGUAGAUCUAAAUGAGCAUACCAUGAUGUUCACGCUGAAUGGAGAAGUUCUACUGGAUGAUUCUGGAUCUGAGCUCGCCUUCAAAGACUUUGAAACAGGAGAAGGUUUUAUUCCAGUGUGCAGUCUGGGUGUGUGUCAGGUGGGGAGGAUGAAUUUCGGUAAAGAUGUCAGCACUCUGAGGUACUUCACCAUCUGCGGCCUGCAGGAAGGCUACGAGCCAUUUGCUGUGAACAUGAACCGGAGCGUCACCAUGUGGCUCAGCAAGAGACUACCUCAGUUCGUACCUGUACCCUCCAACCACAAACACAUUGAGGUGACCAGGAUAGAUGGAACAAUAGAGUCAUGUCCAUGCCUAAAGGUCACCCAGAGAUCCUUCGGCUCACAGAACAGUUAUACUGACAUCAUCUUCUACAGACUGAGCAUGCCCAUAGAGUGUGCCGAGUCCAGAUCUAACGGCAGUCUCUUCUCACCAAAGAGGGAACUGGAGGACUUUGAAACUGUGUCGGACUUUGAAGUCCUGAUUAAGUCAUCUCAAAGUCACAAUGGUCCAAAUGGACCUGAGAGAGAUGAAUUCAAUAACCACAAAGACUGUAACCAGGAAAAGCCGUCCAAGCUAAAGCAGCGGUUCACUUUGAAGAAAAACAAGCCAGACAACAGCUGUUCUUCAUCUGCUCGUCUGUCAGAGGAGGUGGUGUCUGAGGACAGAGAUGGCUUUGAAUUCCUCACACAAGCAAACAAUUACUACUACUCGGUGAGGAUCUUUCCUGGUCAGGAGCCCAGCAGUGUGUGGGUAGGUUGGGUAACAUCUGACUUUCACCAGUUUGACCCGGGUUUCGAGCUGAACAAGGUCCGGAAUGUGACUGUUACACUGGGAGAUGAAAAAGGAAAAGUUCAUGAAAGCAUAAAGCGCAGUAACUGUUACAUGGUUUGGGCUGGAGAGAGCAGCAGUCCUGGUCAGGGCAGGAACAACAAUGGCUUAGAGAUCGGAUGUGUGGUUAACAGCGUCAGCGGUCUGCUGACCUUCAUGGCCAACGGCAAAGAGCUCAGCACAUACUACCAGGUGGAACCAAGCACCAAACUUUUCCCUGCAGUCUUUGCCAAGGCCACCAGUCCCAAUGUCUUCCAGUUUGAGCUUGGACGUGUUAAGAAUGUGAUGCCUCUUUCAGCUGGUCUGUUUAAGAGUGAGAGGAAAAACAUUCUCCCUCAGUGUCCUCCUUGGCUUCAUGUCCAGUUUCUAACUCCUGUCUUAUGGAGUCGUGUUCCCGAUCAUUUCCUCAAGGUUUCAGCAUCCAGAGUGAAUGACAGACAUGGCUGGCUGGUCCAGUGUAAUGAACCUCUUCAAUUCAUGUCUCUCCACAUACCUGAAGAAAACAGGUCAGUCGAUAUCUUGGAGCUUUCAGAGCAGAAGGACCUGUUAAAGUUUCACUACCACACCCUCAGAUUGUAUUCUGCUAUCUGUGCUCUGGGAAACAACCGGGUGGCUCAUGCUCUCUGUUCCCAUGUUGAUGAGGCGCAGCUCCUGCAGGCCAUAGAAAAUAAAUACAUGCCAGGUCUGCUUCGUGCCGGCUACUACGACCUCCUCAUCGACAUCCAUCUGAACAGCUAUGCCACUGCUCGGCUGAUGAUGAAUAAUGAGUACAUCGUGCCCAUGACAGAUGAAACUAAAAGCAUCACCUUGUUUCCAGAUGAGAAGAAGAAACACGGCCUGCCGGGCAUUGGACUGAGCACCUCCCUGAGGCCCAGGAUGCACUUUUCAUCUCCCAGUUUUGUGAGAGUAACUGGAUCGCUGUGUCGCAACAACGGCAACAAUGGAUCAGGAAACUGCUUCCAGUACAGUCCAGAAUUCCCUCUGGACACACUAAAAGUUAAAACCAUUGAGAUGCUGACAGAGGCAGUGCAGGAGGGCAGCAUGCACGUACGAGAUCCAAUUGGAGGCAGCACAGAGUUUCUCUUUGUCCCCCUCAUCAAGCUCUUCUAUACCAUGCUCAUCAUGGGAGUUUUCCAAAACGGAGAUCUGAAAAACAUCCUCAGACUGAUUGAACCUUCUGUUUUCUCUGAAGAAAAAGAUGGACUAGAGGAGAGUCACAUGGUGGUGAAGAAAGUGGAAACAGGAGGCGGAGAGGAUGAUGAGAGGAACCUUCCCAAAGAAGGAUUGUUACAGAUGAAGCUAGCCGAACCUGUGAAGCUGCAGAUGUGCCAUGUGCUGCAGUACCUGUGUGACUGCCAGGUGCGCCACCGUAUCGAGGCGGUGGUGGCCUUUUCUGAUGACUUUGUGGCUUGUCUUCAAGACAAUCAACGGUUCCGCUACAAUGAGGUGAUGCUGGCGCUCAACAUGUCUGCAGCCCUCACUGCCAAGAAGACCAAAGAGUUCAGAUCUCCUCCACAGGAACAGAUCAAUAUGCUGCUGAACUUUAAGGAUGAGAAACAGGAGUGUCCCUGUCCGGAAUAUAUCCGGGAGCAGCUGCUUGAUUUCCACGAAGAUCUGAUGAGACACUGUGAGUUGGAUGAGGAGAGAGGGAUAGAUGGAGACAGUGACUUCACCAUCCGAGGGCGGCUCAUGUCUCUGGUGGAGAAAGUGUCUUCUCUGAAGAAAAAGAUGGGCAACAUGCCAAAGGAGAAGAAGAACAGAAAACCCAGUACGUUGCAGCAGCUCAUUUCAGACACAAUGGUCCGCUGGGCUCAGGAGUCGGUUAUAGAGGAUCCAGAGCUGGUUAGAGCCAUGUUUGUCCUGCUACACCGUCAGUUUGACGGCAUUGGAGGACAGGUGCAGGCCCUUCCUAAGACCUACACCAUAAACUCCAUAUCCAUCGAGGACACCAUCAACCUGCUGGCUGCUCUGGGUCAGAUCAGGUCUCUGCUGAGUGUCCGUAUGGGAAGAGAAGAGGAGAAACUGAUGAUCUGCGGCCUCGGGGACAUCAUGAACAACAAGGUCUUCUACCAACAUCCCAACCUCAUGAGAGCUUUGGGGAUGCAUGAGACUGUGAUGGAGGUCAUGGUCAACGUUCUCAGUGGAGGAGAUUCCAAGGAAAUCACCUUUCCUAAAAUGGUAGCCAACUGUUGCAGAUUCCUGUGCUACUUCUGUCGGAUCAGCCGGCAGAACCAGAAGGCCAUGUUUGACCAUCUAAGCUACCUGCUGGAGAACAGCAGCGUCGGCCUCGCGUCUCCAUCAAUGCGAGGAUCCACUCCUCUGGAUGUGGCCGCAGCAUCAGUCAUGGAUAACAAUGAGUUGGCUCUUGCUUUAAGAGAGCCAGAUCUGGAGAAGGUGGUCCAGUACCUGGCUGGUUGUGGGCUGCAGAGCUGUGUGAUGCUCGUACAUAAAGGCUACCCUGACAUAGGCUGGAACCCAGUGGAGGGGGAGCGCUAUCUAGACUUCCUGCGUUUUGCUGUCUUCUGCAAUGGUGAAAGUGUGGAGGAGAACGCUAACGUUGUAGUGAGGCUUCUUAUUCGCCGACCUGAAUGUUUUGGCCCCGCCCUUCGAGGGGAAGGUGGGAAUGGGUUGCUUGCUGCAAUGGAGGAAGCCAUUAAGAUCUCCCAGGACCCUUCCAGAGAUGGUCCAUCUCCUACAUCUGAGAGCAGCAAAACACUCAGCGACAUGCUGGAGGAAGAGGAAGAUGAUACCAUCCACAUGGGAAAUGCCAUCAUGACCUUUUAUUCUGCCCUGAUUGACCUGCUGGGUCGAUGUGCUCCAGAGAUGCAUCUGAUCCAUGCUGGUAAAGGUGAAGCGAUCCGUAUCAGAGCCAUCCUGAGGUCUCUUAUUCCUAUUGAAGACCUGGUAGGAGUCAUCAGCAUCCCGUUCUCCAUGCCCAACCUGGCUAAAGACGGGUUGGUUGUGGAGCCAGACAUGUCUGCAGGUUUUUGUCCUGACCAUAAAGCAGCCAUGGUCUUGUUUCUCGAUCGUGUCUAUGGUAUAGAAGACCAGAAUUUUCUUCUUCACCUCCUUGAAGUUGGAUUCCUACCAGACCUAAGAGCUGCUGCCUCUCUGGACACUGUGGCCCUCAGCGCCACAGACAUGGCCCUGGCCCUCAACAGGUACCUGUGUACAGCAGUGCUGCCUCUCCUGACUAAAUGUGCUGCUCUGUUUGCUGGGACUGAGCCGUUUGCCUCUUUAAUCGACUCCCUCCUUCACACGGUUUACCGCCUGUCCAAAGGCUGCUGCCUCACCAAAGCUCAGCGGGAUGCCAUCGAAGAGUGUCUGGUUGCUAUUUGUGGUAAGUUGAGGCCCUCGAUGAUGCAGCACCUGUUAAGGAGGCUGGUGUUUGAUGUACCUCUGCUUAACGAACACACCAAGAUGCCUCUGAAGCUGCUGACCAAUCACUAUGACCGUUGCUGGAAGUAUUACUGCCUUGCUGGAGGUUGGGGAAGUUUUGGAGCAGCUUCUGAUGAGGAGCUUCACCUCUCCAGGAAAUUGUUCUGGGGAAUAUUUGAUGCUCUGUCCUGCAAGCAGUAUGACCAGGAGCUGUUUAAGCUGGCCCUGCCAUGUCUCAGUGCUGUGGCUGGUGCCCUGCCGCCAGACUACAUGGAGUCCAACUAUAUGGCCAUGAUGGAGAAGCAGUCAUCCAUGGACUUGGAAGGAAACUUCACUCCACAGCCUGCAGACACCACCAAUGUGACCAUCCCAGAGAAGUUGGACUACUUCAUUACCAGAUAUGCAGACCACAACCAUGAGAGGUGGUGUAUCAAAAAGUUUUCCAAUGGCUGGUCGUACGGAGAACAGAUGUGUGAAAGCAGUAAGAGCCAUCCUCUACUGAAACCAUACAAAGGCCUUUCUGAGAAGGAUAAGGAGGGAUACUGCUGGCCAGUCAGAGAGUCUGUGAAGACCAUGUUGUUGUGGGGCUGGAGAAUUGACAGGAACAGUGAAGGAGAUCAUGCUACCCUGCACAAUAAAUCCAGACGAUUCUCACAGGCCAGCCAGCUGUCGUUUGAAGGAGCUCCUGCCUUCAGUCCGAGACCCAUUGAUAUGAGCAACGUUACCCUGUCCAGAGACAUGCAGUCAAUGGCAGAGCUGCUGGCAGAGGAUUAUCAUAAUAUCUGGGCCAGGAAGAAGAAGAUGGAGCUGGAAGCUCAAGGUGGAGGAAGUCAUCCUCUGCUGGUUCCUUAUGAUACACUGACUGCCAAAGAAAAAUCCAAAGACAGGGAAAAAGCACAAGACAUCCUGAAGUUUCUCCAAAUCAAUGGCUACACUGUGUCCAGAGGAGUAAAGUCUCAGGAAAUGGACACUCCAGCCAUCGAGAAGCGCUUUGCUUACACUUUCCUCCAGAAGCUCAUUACAUAUGUGGACCAGGCUCACCAACAUAUGAUGGAGUUUGAUGUGGGAACGAGGUCAAAGGAAGAGAGGAUUCCUCAUGAACCAAAGAUUAAAUUCUUUGGAAAGGUCGUCUUGCCAUUGGUUGAUCAGUACUUUAAAAACCACCGGCUGUACUUCCUGUCCACAGCCAUACAUCCAAUCAGCAGUGGCGGCCAUGCGUCUAACAAAGAGAAGGAGAUGGUGACCAGUCUUUUCUGCAAACUGGGAGUUCUUGUCAGACACAGGAUAUCUCUGUUUGGUAACAAUGCAACGUCAAUAGUCAACUGUCUGCAGAUACUGGGACAAAGUCUGGAUGCCAGGACGGUGAUAAAGACUGGUCUGGAUCUGGUGAAAGCAGCUUUGAAGUCAUACUUUGACAGCAUGGCCGAGGAUCUGGAGAAGACUCAGGAGAACCUGAAACUUGGCCAGUUCACCCACAGCAGAGAGCAGCCGCGAGGCGUCACUCAGAUUAUCAACUACACCACCUUCGCCCUGCUGCCCGUGCUCUCCUCCCUGUUUGAACACAUCGGACAGAACAUGUUUGGAGAAGAUCUCAUAUUGGAUGACAUCCAGGUCUCCUGCUACAGAAUCCUCAACAGCCUCUAUUUUCUUGGAACCAACAAAAGCAUCUACGUUGAGAGACAGCGGCCAGCUUUAGGAAAGUGCUUAGCGGCUUUCUCAUCAGCGUUCCCUGUAGCUUUCCUCGAGCCUCACAUGAACAAGUUUAACAGCAUCUCCAUCUACAACAGCAGAGGAAGCAAAGACAGAGCAGCUUUAGGUCUUACAGGGCCGGUUGGGGAGGUUUGUCCUCUGGUCCCAAACUUACAGAAGUCUCUGGAGGAGAUCAUGGAGCUGGCAGAGUCUGGCAUGAGAUACACUCAGAUGCCUCACAUCAUGGAGGUGGUGCUGCCCAUGUUGUGCAGUUACAUGUCUCACUGGUGGGAACAUGGACCAGAGAGCAACCCAGACCAAGCAGACAGCUGCUGCACAUCUGUUACCUCUGAGCACAUCAACACUCUGCUGGGGAACAUCCUGAAGAUUAUCUACAACAACCUGGGUAUUGAUGAGGGGGCCUGGAUGAAGAGACUGGCUGUCUUCUCUCAGCCAAUCAUCAGCAAAGCCAAAGCCGACCUGUUAAAGACACACUUCCUACCGUUGAUGGAGAAACUUAAAAAAAAAUCGGCCAUUGUGCUGAUGGAUGAAGAACACAGUAAGGCUGAGGGGAGAGGGGAGAUGUCCGAAACAGAGCUUCUCAUCAUGGACCAGUUCACUAUACUGGUCAGAGACCUGUAUGCCUUCUACCCUCUCCUUAUUCGAUUUGUGGACUACAACAGGGCCAGAUGGCUGAAAGAGUCCAACCCAGAGGCAGAGGAGCUGUUCAGGAUGGUGGCAGAAAUCUUCAUCUUCUGGGCCAAAUCUCAUAACUUCAAGAGAGAAGAGCAGAACUUUGUGGUCCAGAAUGAAAUCAACAACAUGUCUUUCCUCAUCUCUGACACCAAGUGUAAAAUGUCAAAGGGAAUCGUUUCAGACCAGGAGAGGAAGAAGAUGAAGAGGAAGGGUGAUCGAUACUCCAUGCAGACCAGUUUGAUCGUGGCCACUCUGAAGCGUCUGCUACCUGUAGGACUCAACAUCUGCGCUCCAGGAGAACAGGAGCUGGUUGCUCUGGCCAAGAGCCGCUUCAGCCAGAAGGACACAGAGGAUGAAGUACGAGACAUCAUCAGGAACAAUCUGCAUCUUCAGGGUAAGCUGGAGGAUCCAGCAAUUCGCUGGCAGAUGGCUCUGUACAGAGACCUUCCUAACCACCACGAAGAUACCUCUGACCCAGAAAAGACUGUCGAGAGAGUCCUGAUCAUUGCACAUGUCCUUUUCCACCUGGACCAGGUGGAGCAUCCUCAGCGCAGUAAAAAGGCUGUGUGGCACAAACUGUUGUCCAAACAGAGGAAGAGAGCUGUCGUUGCUUGUUUCAGGAUGGCUCCUCUCUAUAACCUACCAAGGCACAGGGCUGUAAACCUGUUCCUGCAGGGCUACGAGAAGUCCUGGAUCGAGGCAGAGGAGCACUACUUUGAAGAUAAACUCAUAGAAGACCUGGCUAAACCUGGUGAACAUGAGCUGUCUGAGGAAGAGGAGGGUGUGAAGGACAUCGAUCCACUGCACCAGCUGAUUCAGCUCUUCAGCAGAACCGCCCUGACUGAAAAAUGCAAACUGGAUGAGGACAAUCUCUACAUGGCCUACGCCGACAUCAUGGCCAAGAGUUGCCAUGAUGAGGAAGAUGAAGAAGGAGAAGUGAAGAGUUUUGAGGAGAAGGAGAUGGAGAAGCAGAAGCUGCUGUAUCAGCAGGCUCGACUUCAUGACCGCGGAGCUGCUGAGAUGGUACUUCAGACCAUUAGUGCCAGUAAAGGUGAGAUGGGUCUCAUGGUUGCAUCUACGCUGAAGCUGGGCAUAGCUAUUCUUAACGGAGGAAACUCAACGGUACAGCAGAAAAUGUUGGACUAUCUGAAAGACAAGAAGGAUGUGGGCUUUUUCCAAAGUCUGGCUGGUCUGAUGCAGUCAUGCAGUGUUCUGGACUUAAAUGCAUUUGAGAGGCAGAAUAAAGCCGAGGGGCUUGGAAUGGUGACGGAGGAGGGGUCAGUCAUCACUCAUGAGCGUGGUGAGAAGGUCAUGCAGGACGUUGAGUUCACUUGUGACCUUUUCCGCUUCCUGCAGCUGCUCUGUGAAGGACACAAUUCAGACUUCCAGAACUACCUGAGGACACAGACGGGGAACAAUACAACUGUCAACAUCAUCAUCUCCACCGUUGACUAUCUGCUCAGAGUUCAGGAGUCCAUCAGUGAUUUCUACUGGUAUUAUUCUGGGAAAGAUGUUAUUGAUGAGCAGGGCCAGAGGAAUUUCUCCAAGGCUAUAAAUGUUGCCAAGCAGGUUUUCAACACCCUCACAGAGUACAUCCAGGGACCCUGCACUGGAAACCAGCAGAGUUUAGCUCACAGUCGGCUCUGGGAUGCUGUGGUUGGGUUUCUGCACGUCUUUGCUCACAUGCAGAUGAAGCUGUCUCAGGACUCCAGCCAGAUCGAGUUACUCAAAGAACUGAUGGAUCUGCAGAAAGACAUGGUGGUCAUGCUGCUGUCCAUGCUGGAAGGGAACGUGGUGAAUGGGACCAUUGGGAAGCAGAUGGUGGACAUGUUGGUAGAAUCUUCCAACAAUGUGGAGAUGAUCCUCAAGUUCUUUGACAUGUUCCUCAAACUAAAAGACCUGACCUCAUCAGAUGCAUUCAAGGAGUACGAUCCAGAUGGAAAAGGCGUCAUCUCUAAGAGGGAUUUCCAUAAGGCCAUGGAGAGCCACAAACACUACACCCAGUCCGAAACGGAGUUCCUGCUCUCUUGUGCUGAGACUGAUGAGAAUGAACUCCUGGACUAUGAAGAAUUUGUGGAGCGUUUUCAUGAGCCAGCCAAGGACAUUGGCUUCAAUGUGGCCGUGUUACUGACCAACCUGUCCGAGCACAUGCCUCACGACACCCGGCUGCAGACCUUCCUGGAGCUGGCAGACAGCGUCCUCAAUUACUUCCAACCGUACCUGGGCCGGAUUGAGAUCAUGGGCAGCGCUAAGCGAAUCGAGAGGGCCUACUUUGAGAUUAGUGAAUCCAGUCGGACACAGUGGGAGAAGCCUCAGGUCAAAGAAUCCAAACGUCAGUUCAUCUUUGACGUGGUGAAUGAAGGUGGGGAGAAGGAGAAGAUGGAGCUCUUUGUGAAUUUCUGUGAGGACACCAUAUUUGAAAUGCAGCUGGCAGCUCAGAUGUCCGAUGCUGGCGAGCGUUCGUCGGCAAAAGAAGAGAGUGAACUCGAGAAACCAGAUGAGGAGAACCCUGAUAUGGGCUUCUUUUCCCUCACCACUGUCCGCAUGGCCCUGCUGGCUCUUCGUUACAACAUCAUGCUGCUGAUAAAGGUGCUGUCCAUGAAGAGCCUGAAGAAGCAGAUGAAGAGGAUUAAGAGCAUGACGGUGAAGGAUAUGCUGACCACCCUGGUGUCCUUUUACUGGUCGGUGUUGCUAGGCCUCCUACACAUAGUCUUCAGUGUGGCUCGAGGAUUUUGCAGAAUCUUCUACAACACCUUCAUGGGAGGAAAUCUGGUGGAGGGGGCCAAGGCCAUCAAGAUGUCGGACCUGUUGGCCAACAUGCCAGAUCCCACCCAGGAUGAGGUGCGGGGUGAAGGGGAGGACCGGGAGAAGAGGCUGUCUGAGCGCAGCUCUGCAAAGGAGGACCUGGCUGACCUGGCAGUCAAUAUAAGUGAGACCGAGCUCCUGUCAGACAUAUUUGGUUUAGACUUGAGAAGAGAGGGGGGGCAGUACAAGAUCACCCCUCAUAAUCCCAAUGCCAGCCUUACUGAGCUCCUCAACUCCCCAGUUCCCUGUCCAACCCCAUCUUCUGCACCUCAGCCUGAACUCAGACAAAGACAUAAGUCAAAUAGUUCUGCCAUGGAGGAGAAGGAAGCAGGUCCAGAAACUGAAUCUGAACCUGAGAAAACAUCAGGGACUGGUGAUGCAGUGAGACAGGAAAAACCGCAGAAGAACGAAAAGAUGAAAUCAAAAGUGAGAAGACCCCUCAACUCGAGGUCUGAAGAAUCCGACCUGCAGGAGUCGGUCUUCCAGAAGAAGAUAAUCGCCUAUCAGAGGAAAUUACUGAACUACUUUGCCAGAAACUUCUACAACAUGAGGAUGCUGGCACUCUUUGUUGCCUUUGCAAUCAACUUCAUUCUCCUGUUUUAUAAGGUUUCUACAUCUGCAUCCCUGGUUGAGGAAAGGGAAGCAGAAUACACCAGGAGACAACCCGAAACCAGUGUCCAGUGGGAUCCACUGAUCAAAGAAACGAUGAAAGAAAAGGAAGGACUGAUGGAUGAGUCGGGGGAGACCCUGAAGCCAGUCAUAGUCCGGUUUGUCCUGGAAGAAAGCAGCGGAUACAUGGAGCCCAUGCUACGGAUCCUUGCAGUCCUGCACACGGUCAUCUCUUUCUUCUGCAUCAUUGGAUAUUACUGUCUGAAGGUACCACUGGUGAUCUUUAAGCGGGAAAAGGAAGUGGCCAGGAAGUUGGAAUUUGGAGGCAUUUACAUCACAGAGCAACCAUCUGAGGAUGAUAUCAAAGGACAGUGGGACAGAUUAGUAAUCAACACACAAUCGUUCCCCAACAAUUACUGGGAUAAGUUUGUGAAGAGAAAGGUAAUGGAUAAAUACGGGGAGUUUUACGGCCAUGACCGCAUUAGUGAGCUGCUGGGACUGGACAAGGCAGCGCUGGACUUCAGCAACGCAAACAAGAAAAGAAAAGCCAGACGAGACGGCUCAUUGGCAGCUGUGCUGAAUUCCAUUGAUGUGAAGUACCAGAUCUGGAAGCUCGGGGUUGUUUUCACUGACAAUUCCUUCCUGUAUCUGGCCUGGUACAUGACCAUGUCCAUCCUGGGUCACUAUAACAACUUCUUCUUUGCUGCCCAUCUGCUGGACAUCGCCAUGGGUUUUAAGACCUUGCGCACCAUCCUCUCUUCCGUCACACACAACGGUAAACAGCUGGUGUUGACUGUUGGCCUGUUAGCUGUGGUCGUGUACCUCUACACCGUUGUCGCCUUCAAUUUCUUCAGGAAGUUCUACAACAAGAGCGAAGACGGCGAACUUCCAGACAUGAAGUGUGACGACAUGUUGACAUGCUACAUGUUCCACAUGUAUGUGGGCGUGCGGGCAGGUGGAGGGAUCGGAGACCAGAUCGAAGACCCAGCGGGUGAUGAGUACGAGAUCUACCGCAUCAUCUUUGACAUCACAUUCUUCUUCUUUGUCAUUGUCAUCCUGCUGGCCAUUAUUCAGGGGCUGAUCAUUGAUGCUUUUGGGGAGCUGAGAGACCAACAGGAACAAGUGAAAGAAGACAUGGAGACCAAAUGUUUUAUCUGUGGAAUCGGUAAUGACUACUUUGACACGGUACCACACGGCUUUGAAACGCACACUCUGCAGGAGCACAACUUGGCCAACUACCUAUUCUUUUUGAUGUAUCUCAUUAACAAAGAUGAAACGGAGCACACUGGCCAGGAGUCUUAUGUUUGGAAGAUGUACCAGGAGCGUUGCUGGGAGUUUUUCCCUGCUGGUGACUGUUUCCGGAAACAAUAUGAGGAUCAGCUUAACUGAGCUGUUCUGAAGACACUUCCCUUUAAGACUGUAACCUCCCCAUUAACCUCUGCUGCUGUCUGCCCUCUACUUGGUCCUCAAACCUUUCUUACAGAUGUCUGAGGAGCAGCCACGAUCUCAAACUCCGGCAGGAGGAUCCACAUGUCCAUCCUAGUCCUCAGGCAUCAAUCAGAGCAUCCUCAUCCAGACUGAGGACUCUCCAGCUCCGCCUCAACCUCCAGCACACUUUGUAUGGAAUGCUUCUAAGACUUUGUACAUAGUAAAUGUCUGAUUAUAUGCUGUACCAUAUGUAACCUGUGGCAUGUUAACUUUGACUCAGACCUCCUGGUUUCACUUUAGUCUACAUACACAGUGACAUGCAAACACUACAAAGGAAGCAGAGGAGCGUAAAAACAUGCAAGGGAAGACACAAAGAUUCCUCCUGAAAGGUUUUCACGGUGGAUACACAAAGAGGAUCACGUAGAACAAAGUUCAGGACUUUGUUGUCCUCCUCCUGCACCGACAGAGGUGCAGGAGGAGGAGAUGAAGAGUAUGCUUCAGCUUUCAGUCACCAAGUCCGAGAAGAUCAGCGAUUAAAAAGAUCAAUCACAGCAGCUCCAAAAGAAAUCGGAUCUGAGGAGCAGAAGAGGAUGAAGUGGGAUGACUCCUGCAUGACCUGUUGUCAAAAACAGCAGAUUAUUCUAGAAAUAAGAAGCUGCUGUACUGGAUCAGACCAGAGUUUACAGACGUUAACAUGGUUUCCACUCUCUGUUCUUGUGAAGGGCUCUUUAACUAUCAGUUCUCAUUGUUAGCAACAUGAUCACCAGGUGAGGUUUGCUCCUGCAGAGCUGAGCGUCCUGGAACCAGAAGCCUAGUACCUACCUACACAACACAGACAUGUCCCCUAAAACCAUAAAUGUUCAACAUUCAAGUUCAUUAGAUGGAUGUGAAGCUGAUCCUGGGCACAUCCAGCCCUUAGCAUCAGUGGCCUGGCAACCAUCCAGAUCAGGGUUCAUAGCACAUUAACAUUUGUUAAUGAAAUAAUGGUUCUGAAAGGCAAUACAAAGGUAUUCAGUAGUGGUGGCUGCAGGCUACUUAGUGAGCCAAAAACUUCUUAAUGAGUCCAACUGGAGCAAUGAGUAGGGGUGUAGGAGCGGCUGUGGGAGGAUACAGUGCCUUACUAAACCAAGGGUGAGCUAUGGAAGCUGCAAGAGGACAUCUUCAGAUGUCCGGUUAAGAAUGUUACUGGGAAUGCAGCAUGUUUGGGUCCAGACAAGAGCAGAAAUACCAGGCUUUAGAUAAACCACCCAGCAUCCUCCGACUGCAGUCCAAACAACGUAAACCUGGACCAGCUGGUGGCAUCACGGUCACUGUGUUCAGGUCCAUCUCUGUUAGCGCUUCAGUCCAGGAUGAUUUAAAUGUACCUCACCUGCUACAGCCUAGCUCUGCUCCUCCAGGCUGGGACAUGAUAAAUAUUUAUCAUGAUAAAUCUUUAGUAUUUUAAACUCUCUCAUAUAAAAGUCCCUCCUGUCCGAUCUUUAGCUAGGUCAGGGGUUCACUGACCUCUGAAUGUAAAAAGCUCAUGUCCACGGCAGUCUUAGCAGAGACUAUUUCAUAUUUGUUUCUUUAGCCCAAAACAAGAUGCUCUGAGCUUUUAAUAACAAGGUUUCUGCACCUUGUUAUGUUGCCACAAAACCUGCAGCAGGAGUUGAGUUUCGGGAGGUGAUCCACUUCUUUAAGUCUGCCCUGCUCAGACGUCCACGUCGUCGUCAGCUCCAGUUUGGUGUUUCUCAGCUAAUUUCUAACAUCUGGAAAUGUAUUUCCAUGUUACAUUUGUUGUUGUUUGCUAAUUUGUCAAUACAGAUUAAUGGUAUGGGUACGCCAGCAUCGUUGUCAGUGAUUUUCCUCAGUGCUGGUGAGGGAGGGCUGAAGGGUUGCAGAGCCUGAGCUGGAUGGACCAGUCAGCUGUUCUAGCUCAUAUUUAGCCAUGAGUGUGAGGAAGAAUUUUAAUGCCAUUUAAAGUAUAUGUGAUACAUCAACACAUGGAAAGCCGGGUUUCUGCUAGCUUUGCUUUGGUACACGUGUUUAAAGUCUGCAAGAGUAAACAUUAAGAGAUGAAGAGCAGUCAGGCUUUGCAUGCUCAGUUCUUAUAUUCUGUUAGACUAAUGGAAACCAGCAGCAGUUAACAGGGUGGACUGGGACGUCCUCAAUGAUUGGAAGUGUUUGACGUCCCAGACCAGGUGAAUAUUGACUCGAUAUGUGGAGGAUCCCAUUGCGUGUUUUUGUGUGUUUGUUUUCCAGGUGAUGAUCUUAUGCAAUAACACAAAGUUCUCUUUUUGUAUAGACACAGAUGAGGGAAGAAUCCCUCAAAGAAAAAAAGCCAUUGCAUGUUAGUUAUGGAGGUCUAAUGGCACUAAAUCUAUGCCAUCCAUAAAAUGCAUUUAAUGUUUAAUAGGAUCAUUUAAGGUUAUUUAGAUUUCUGUAAUACUGUAUUUAGGUGUUUGUGGACUUCACGGUAACUUUAGUCAUAUUUUAUCACAACUGCAUCCCUUUGAGAGAAAGAAAGAAAGCAGUAUCUAACUUUUUUUGUUUUAUGGAAAUAAAAGUUUAAUUUCACGAUCAGUUAUAAGUCCAAGCAAAUGGCGCUUGUGUGUGUUUGACUGAGCAAAGGAAGCUGCAAAAAAGGCAGGACUAAUACAACCGACUUCACCUGUAGAGACACACAAGAACUUAUUCAGUUAGUAUUUAUUCAUUUUAUAGUCUUAAAAAUGGUAUAAAAUAAACCUAUAAAUAAAAGUUAAAAUAUUAAAUUAGAUAAUCACCAUCUUCAAGUACAGUAUAUACAUAUGUACAGAGAUGGGGGGAGGGGUAUAUUUGCUUGUUUACAGAACAUGACCAGCCUCUUUUCUGUUUUAGCUCUUACGUACUUUUAAAUAGCUGAAAGUGUUUUUCUCUGCAGAUAUAAAGGUUUCCAGUCA